AUGGAAACGUCACUUGAAGAUUUCAAACGAAUCAGAGCUCGUUUCGUUCAGAGAAAAGUUCUCAAAUACGAAUUUGAACUAUUUACAAAGUUUGAAGGACAUACAAGAAAUAUAUGGGGAUUUCAUCAACAAGCGAUUAUAGGGGAUAUUAAUGUUCCAAAACUAAACUACAUGGAAAUCGAAGAAGGCGAGAGAUCAUGGAUGUGGAGAUGGAUAAAUGGAAACGAGAAAUGGCAUGCUUGGAACAAAUGCAGAGGUUUAACAAAAGAAGAAGCCUCCAAGAAGUUUAUUGAAGAAGUUCAAAAGUUGAAAUCGGAGAUUCAUCAACUUUUAAUCGAGUGGAAAAUAGAAAUAAGCAAUGAUCCAAAGGGAAGUGAGCUGAAUAAUAAUGAUGCAUUGUUUAUGGACUAA